UCUCCUUCUAUGAUAUCCUACCUCUCUCCUAACUCACAACUCCCCCCCAACCCAAUCUCAUCAUCAUCUCUCAAUUCCAUCCAUCUAUCAUACUAUUAUUAUUAUUAUUAUUAUGCAUUCAAUCUAGAGAAACUCGAGCUGACGAUGAAUUUCUGUGUGGCGGCUCCGUUUCUGUUCUUCGCCACUCUUCUAGUAGUAUUCAGCAACUCUUGUACGGCGCUCAAGGUAGGGGAAACAUGCCUUCUUUCCAAGAACUGCGACGAUGCAGGUCUACAUUGCGAGACUUGUCUCGCUGAAGGCCAAGGUCGGCCUCGCUGCACUCGGAUUCAACCUAUUAAUCCUUUUUCAAAGGUGAAAGGACUGCCGUUUAAUCGGUAUUCGUGGCUAACCACGCACAACGCCUUUGCUAGAUUGGGGGAGAAAUCCUCCACCGGAGCUGUUAUUCUAUCCCCCACCAAUCAGCAGGACUCUAUUACUAGCCAGCUCAACAAUGGUGUUCGGGGACUGAUGCUUGAUAUGUAUGACUUCGAGAAUGACAUUUGGUUGUGCCACUCCUUUGGAGGCAAAUGCUACAAUUUCACCGCCUUUCAACCAGCCAUUAAUGUCUUGAAGGAGAUUCAAUUGUUUCUGGAAGCAAAUCCAUCUGAAAUUGUCACCAUCAUAAUUGAGGACUAUGUUACAUCUCCUAAGGGUCUAACUAAAGUAUUUGAUGCGGCUGGUCUGAGAAAAUACUGGUUUCCAGUUUCACAAAUGCCAAAAACUGGUGGGGAGUGGCCAACAGUUGAUGAUAUGAUCCAGCAUAAUCAGCGUUUGGUAGUUUUCACGUCCAAAUCUUCUAAAGAAUCUUCAGAAGACAUUGCUUAUGAGUGGAGAUACUUGGUAGAAAACCAAUAUGGUAAUGGUGGGAUGAAGCCUGGAUUAUGUCCCAACCGUGCAGAAUCACCUGCCAUGAACACAACAACAAGAUCAUUGGUGCUAAUGAACUAUUUUCCAGAUACACCAGAUCUUACCCAAGCCUGCAAGCACAAUUCUGCCCCACUGAUUAGCAUGAUGAAUACCUGUUAUGCAGCAGCUGGCAAAAGGUGGCCCAAUUUCAUUGCUGUUGAUUUUUAUAAGAGAAGUGAUGGAGGGGGUGCACCUCAAGCUGUUGACACUGCUAACGGUCAAUUGAUGUGUGGGUGUCCAGAUAUCUCAUCUUGCAAGGAGAACGUGACUUUUGGCUCAUGUGAUGUACCUGAAGCUGGUGCUACACCCAGUGCAACAAUUAGAAACGGAACCAACUUUGCAAUUCUAGAGACAAGACCAAUUCAAGUCCACUGGUCGAUUGGGGUAUCUCUUGUGGCCAUCCUUUUGUCAUUUUAACCGUGAAAUCCCAGCUUGCACUUGGUAUCUUUUCGGGCUAACCAUGGGUAAUAAAGACAUCUAACUGACUGACAGCCCGUGUUGAAUUGUUGAUACCAUGUGAUUCUUGACAAGAAGUUAACAUUAGCAGAGUUAUCUCUCUUAAGCUCGUCCCUUGCGCUUGGCUAGCAAAGAGGUUGGUGUAUGCUUGUUAAUUUGGAUGGCUGCUUCUUGAGAGGUUUGCAGAAUUCAGGAAUUGGAUGUAGUGUUUUAGUGGCUUCGCGAGUUCGCCUUUCCACAAUGAUUCAGAAAACCAUGUGUAUAAUUUUUUUUUGGUUGACUGAUUUGUUCAGAAGUAGUUCCAGCUUGUUGGGAAUAAUCCAAUUGACUUUGGCAAAAUCUUUCCCUUGUCUACCUUUUGUUGCAGAAAUAUUUCAAUGUUUGUGGUAGAAGUAUUCUGCUAGGUUUCAAUGUGAAGAUGGGUAUUAUGAGUUUCAAUACCACUUAGGACA